CUUCAGUCCCUGGUAUCAUAUGACCGUAGCACGUUCCUCCCCUUUGAUCUGAGUUCUUCGCCUCCCUUUUCCACCGACUUCAACCUUACUCUCGUUAACGCUAUCAAGGCAGACUCUUGUUGUUUCUUCCCAAGCGAAUUCGGCUUCAAUAUCACUUCUUCGCUAUCGCUCUAUCGCAUCAACGUAGAUUAUCACGCCUCAAGGGCGAGUUGACUGACGUUUUCAUUGGUGGUGACCCCCGAAGCAUUGGCGCCCAGAAAAUCAACCAACCCCGGGCGCUUAAUCCCUGGAUCUCGAAGACUCUGCGGCAGGGCCGGCCCUCGCUGCCACUUCACCAUUCACCUCGCUUGAUCUCUUGACGUCCAUUCAUUCCCGCCUAGGACAAGCGAUUCUGCCCCACGAGUCCAGCACACCUUCCUUUCCUUUAUUGUCUCAGGUACCACCGGCUCCGACCAGCAGGUACUCUUCCCUUCCUGCAUAUUUUCGACCUGUACCAACGCUGUCCAGUCUUACCACGACGUCGUCAGCUUACCGUCUCCGUCCAUCUGCAACUGGCGCAUCGCCAUGUCACUCAAGCAGGAAAUUGAGACCUGGGUCGAAGCCCUUGCUCACUAUGACAAUCAAGAAUUCGAAGAGUCCCUAACGAUUUUCGACGCAAUUGCCGAUACCUCAAAGAUAUUAUUCAAUUGCGGCGUAAUACAUGCAACCAUUGGCGAACAUGACAGAGCGGUGGAAUGCUACCAACGAGCCAUCAAGCUCGACCAGUACCUCGCCGUUGCCUACUUUCAACAGGGCGUCUCCAAUUUCCUCGUCGGCGACUUCGAGGAAGCCCUAGCCAAUUUCAAUGACACACUCCUAUACCUGAGAGGAAACACUUACAUCGACUACGAACAACUGGGCCUCAAAUUCAAGCUCUACUCCUGUGAAGUCCUCUUCAACCGUGGUCUCUGUUAUACAUACCUGCAGCAAGAGGAGUCGGGAAUGCAAGAUUUCAGUUUCGCUCAGAAGGAAAAGAUGACUCCAGACCACGAUGUGAUAGACGAUGCGAUCAAAGAGAAGGCUCAAGGUUACGUGGUCUUCAGCAUUCCCGUUGGUUGUGUCUAUCGGCCGAACGAAGCCAAAGUUAAGAAUCUGAAAACAAAAGACUAUCUCGGCAAAGCUCGACUCAUCGCAACGUCAAAUACCCAAAAUACAGGCACCGGCUUCUCGGGAAUCGAGCGAAGGCAAGAUCUCGCCACACAGUUUGCGCCCAAAGACGAUCGUCCACCAGAGAAUAUCAGCUUUGCUGCUACGAAUCUCGUCCAACGAAACCUGUCAAGCAGAGUGCCUAGAGACCAAAGUGCUCCGCCUGCUAUGGGAAGGAAUGUAUUCCCUCCCACACCUCCACCAGAGAAUGAGAAACCCCGGAGCCCCUCCUCGGCCACCCUGCCUUUGCGAACAACGUCCAUGCGACAGCCAAGGAAUGCUUUUCCGCGGCCGGAUCCCGAGCAACCACGGCCUGGCAUGUUAUCCCGGUCCAAUACUUUUGCGGCCAACAGUGCCAGACAGCCAAGCCGUAUGGAACGCGAGAACUCGUGGGCUGACGAGCCUCAAGCUAUGGAACGCCAACCUAUGGAGAGAUCUCGUUACGGAACUCAGCGUACCGCAUCUGAGCCACGCGGUCCGGGUUCUCGACAACCCCAAGGUUUUGGACGUUCCAUGUCCCAAAGGGCGCCGGCGCCCCUGUUCCGAGAACAACCAAGAUACGAAGAACCUAAUGAUGUGGUGGAUGAUGUCUACCAGAUGUAUUCUGCUCCUCGUCGACGUCAAACCACAAGGCGCCAGCCAGAGCAACCAGCAUAUAUUAAUGAAGAAGAUGAAUAUUUCGACGAAGACGAAUUUACUUCGGAGGAUAUGAGCGGUUUCGAACCCGUCCAACGUCCCAUGUCGGGCCGCGGCAGCAAGAGGGUCGACAUGCGCAAGAUCCGCGUCAAAUGUCAUUUCAACGAAGAUACGCGAUACCUUAUGAUCGGCGCUGUGAUAGAUUUCGGUGAUUUUGAAAGCAAGAUACGCGAAAAAUUCGCCAUCAAAGAAAAGUUGAAGAUCCGCAUGCAGGAUGAUGGAGACAUGAUCACCAUGGGCGACCAAGACGACCUGGAAAUGCUCCUCAACAGUGUCAGGAGUCAAGCCAAGAAGGAGAGAGCAGAGAUGGGCAAGAUGGAGGUAUGGAUAUCAACAUGAGAGAUCUCGUCCAUCUUGCUCGCGAUGGAAUUUCAGAGUGGAGCGGAUACUCGCUAUGCACGUAACUAACGAAGAAGAGAGGAGCAUCGUCGUUCCUAUAUUGCCAGCAGGCCUGUGGAGUCAUGUGUGCUCUAGAUUUGGAUACCCUUUUCUCUAUCUGUCAACAGGGUUCAGAUAUGGAUAUGUUGUACUGAGCGUGGAGUCUGAUUUGGCACUGGGAAAUCUACCUCGCAAGGGGCUCUAUCUGCAUGCUUUAUGCUUUCUGCAGAAUAUCAAUGACUCAAGCAGUCAGUGGGUAGCUACAUACUAGUCAAUCUUGCGAAUGUCUGUCGCAUAUAAAGGCGAACCAGGGUUGAACCCA